CAUAGAAUAAUAAUUUUUAUAUGUAACCUGAACGCACCCCCUAACUAACCUAACUCUUUGACAGUUGUUUGUUUUUCUAACCUAAAAUAUUUGAUUGAAAAUUCGGGGAAAUGUAUUUGUGAAAGUUUUUUAUAAACGUGAAUAUUGUAAUGAAAUGGACUCACUGAACGAAGCCAGGGUCCAACUGGAGUCUGUGGUGGGAGCGGAUCUCCUGAAAGAAUACUUCGCAAUCUUGAGACAGUGGUUCCUGCUCAAUUCACCCGUCAACAAGGAAGAGUUUGACAGACAGGCCAGAAAGUUGCUCCUGAACGAAGAACAGAUAGUGGCGCACAACAGAUUCCUCAGGGCCCUCUUGGAGAAAACCAGCUCGGACACUUCGAAGAUAACGCAGACCAUCGAGCCGCCGGAACCGCAGAAAUACAAGAGUAGCAAGGUGUCGGAUGAGAACGGCAAGUCCUCGACUAGGAGGGGUCAUUACCAGCCCGCGGAAUUCGUGGAUUAUGUGCAACCCUUGAGCCCUUCGAAGAUAAUUCCGAACGAUUUUAACGUGAGAUCUGCGGCGUCCGAGCUGUUCAUGCCGGACCAAGGGUUCAUAUCCACCCGGAUUGCCUUGACUGCUUGGGAAAACGGCCUACACGGAGCUGAGGCCAACGUGACCGACGUCCUUGUACACUCUUGCCAGACCUUCGUCAAGAACAUACUCACGGCUAUGAUAUCCAGAAAGAAAGGUUUCAAGGUACGAGACGGUAAGUUUCAGUACGGCUUCAACCUGCCCAUACCCGAUCCUUUUCUCAGGAACUAUAGUAACGUUGUCGACGAUACGGAACAAUCCAGGAUAGAGGUGCUGGAGGAUGAGGAUAGCUUCGUUCCGAGACCUAAACCGUCCUUGGAGAGGAUAGAGCAACAGUUGGCAUUUGCGUAUUCCAGUUCCAAGAGGACCAAGGUGGACAACAUUCUGUCCGUCCAACUCUUGUACGAUACUCUGAAAGACCAUCCAAAACUCUUAGGAUUCGGUGCUAGUUCUCAAGUGCACUUGUUGAAGUUAGAUCUGCAGACGGAUAGUCAGUGAAUUGGAAGUGAGUUGAAAUUUAUUAUUUAAGUUUUCGACGUCUGAAUUACCAACGAGAUUAUUUUGAAAGAGUUCCUCUGUGGAUGAGUUGGACCAACCACUAUUUCAAGGUUCGACUGUUGAAAAUAUUAAUUUUUCGACUAGUUGAAGGAUUUGUUGAUUUUAAUCUGUAUGUGUGUAUUUUAGGAUAACUUUAUUGUUUUUAUUCCAAGAUGUAGGUGGAAAUAAACAAAGAUACAUUGUUAUCUUC